GUCAAAUUGAAAACAACUACUAAUCCUGUGAACGAAAUCUCUGAGACAGUAGCUACUACUUCAGUUCAUGACUCAGAUGAUAAUUUUAGUAACACGUCUGAUAUUACAGAUUAUUUUAAGGAAAAAGAAGAAGAAGCGAAUAGUUCGAUUGGGAAGGGUUCUAAAA